AUGAAGAUUUUCGCGACUGUGCUGUCCCUGGCCCUGCCCGCCGCGGCAGUGACCAUCAGCGAGAUCAAUGGCAAUGCAUUCCUCUCUCCGUUUAACGGCGAAAGUGUCUCUGGCGUGGAAGGCCUGGUAACAGCCAUAGGCGGAGAGGGUUUCUUCCUUCGCUCGACAAACCCUGACUCCGACGAUGCUACGUCCGAGUCCAUCUAUGUCUACGGAAACAGCUCUGUCUCCAAAGUCAGCGUGGGCGACAUCAUCACCCUCAGCGGAAAGGUGUCUGAGUAUCGCUCUUCAGACGACUACCUGUACCUGACGGAGAUCACCUCCCCGUCCAGUAUUGUCGUGAAGUCUAGUGGGAAUGAAGUAACGCCCGUCGUGAUUGGAAAAGACCGCUCGCCCCCGACAGAAGAGUAUUCUAGCCUUGAUACUGGCGAUGUCCUUGCCGUGCCGAACAACGUCAGUCAGAUCUCUGUCGAUAACCCGGUUCUCCAGCCCGAUAAAUACGGGAUGGACUUUUGGGAGAGUCUCAGUGGCGAGCUUGUCUCGCUUACUGGCGUGACUCUCAUCACCAAGCCGAACCAGUAUGGCGAUGUCUUUGUGCGCGGUGACUGGGCCGUAACUGGGCUAAACGGGCAUGGUGGCUUGACACAGACGGAAAAAGACUCCAACCCUGAAGCAAUUAAAAUCGGUACACCCCUCGACGGAACGAGCAACUCGGACUCGUCAAAGGUCGGCGAUACCGUUGAAGACGUUACCGGCGUCGUGCAGUGGAAUUACGGCCAGUACAUGGUCCUUCCGUUGACAGCCCUAAAAGUAACUGGGUCAAACGACACGACCGCCUCUCCUUCAGCCUUAACCGGCGACGGAACGUGCGAGGCCCUUGCGAUCGGCUCGUACAAUGUGGAGAACCUGACGCCUACAUCUGACAACAUUGAGGCUAUCGCAGACCACAUCGCCAACUACCUCAACGGGCCGGCGAUCAUGUGCCUGCAAGAAAUCCAGGACAACACCGGUGCAACAGACGAUGGCGUCGUUGAUGCAAACGUCACGCUGUCCACGCUGGCGGAACUCAUCUCCGCCGCCGGCGGCCCAGACUACGACUUCACCGAGAUCGCUCCUAUCGACGGCGAAGACGGCGGCGAACCGGGUGGGAAUAUCCGUGUCGCAUACCUGUACGAUCCAACGAUCGUGCAGCUGCACAACCCAAACCCAGGCACAUCCACCGAUGCAAACGAGGUCCAGUCGGGCCCGGAGCUGAAAUACAACCCCGGUCUCAUUGACCCGACCAAUGAAGCGUGGGAGGCAUCCCGCAAGCCCCUCGUCGCAGCGUGGGAGACAGUUGACGGCAAGAAUACGUUCUACACCAUCAACGUCCAUUUCACGAGCAAGGGUGGCGGCUCAUACCUGCAAGGCGAUGAGCGUCCGCCCGUAAACGGGGGCGUUGAGCAACGCACCGCGCAGGCCGAAGUUGUCGCUUCCUUCAUCACCUCCAUCCUUGAAGAAGACGCCUCGGCCAAAAUCCUCACAACCGGUGACUUCAACGAGUUCACCUUCGCGGCGCCGCUCAAGACAUUCGUCUCGGCUUCUGGACUCCAAGACCUCGACGAGGUGGUCGGGGUAGACCCACUAGAACGCUACACGUAUAUCUAUGACAGUAACCACGAGCAGCUGGACCAUAUGUUUGUUUCUGAGGCGUUGGCGGAAGGGGCGCGCAUGGAACAUGUCCAUGUUAAUACGUGGGUCAAUUAUGAUGACGCGCCGUCGGAUCAUGAUCCGUCUGUGGCUGUCCUGAAUGUUUGUGAAUGA